AUGCUACCUUCCACAUCUUCUGAUCCUAUCAGACUCAGCAAGAAGGUGGUCAUAUCCAUCGACUUUGGUACUUCGAGAUCUGGUUAUUGUUAUUCGUUUAAAACUGACUCCAAAAAAACCAGAGUCAAGAACAAUGAAUGGAAAGACGCUCCAAAAGGUGUGAGAUAUCCAAAAACUUUGACACAUCUACUCUACAAAAAGGAUAAUCUAAAAAAGCCAGUGGCUUGGGGUUACUCCCCUCUCGAGUUGAUUUCUCAGGAGAUGGAGGAUGCUUCUGAUGACGAGAUUGAACAGACCAGUCAAUAUUUCCACUUCAAGAACUUUAAGAUGGGUCUUUUCAACAAUCCUUCCAAAAUGUGUAGCGACACCACAAACACCGUUCAGAAGAAUGUUGGUGAAUUGGUCGUCGAUUAUUUGAGACUCUUGUAUAUGGAAGAGAUCAAACCUUCCAUUGAAAAGAUUCUGAGAUGUCCAUUGGAAACCUCUCAAAUCACAUGGUGCUUGACAGUUCCUGCCAUUUGGAAAGAUGAACAUAAAGCUGCCAUGAGAAUUGCAGCCUAUGAAGCUGGUCUUAUUUCAACCAAAGAACCUUCAUUGGAUGAUUUCAAAAUCGUUUUGGAACCAGAAGGUGCUGCUGCAUAUUGUAUGGAAUUCCAGGCCAUGAAAGGUUCUGCAUUGAGAGAAGGUCAAUCGUUUUUGGUAUGUGAUUUGGGAGGUGGAACGGUCGAUUUGACAUGCCACUCGUACACAAAAGGAAAAUUGAAAGAAAUUUGUGACGGUGAUGGUGGUGAUUGUGGUUCCACUUAUUUGGACGAACGAUUCCUCCAUUAUUUGGAAGAAUGUUUUGGUGUUGAAUUUGUGAAUGCUCUGAAACGAAAGUAUGCUCAAACCUACUUGGAGGUGAUGAAAAACUGGGAGAAGCUCAAGGUCUCUACCAAAACCAUCGAUGCUGAUGUUCAGCUCGAAAUGCCAAAUACUUUCCCAGCAAUAGUCGAGGAAGAAGGAGUUGUAUGUCCCAAGUACAGGAACAAUCGUCGUCAUAAUUAUUUGAUCAUCACAAAAGAAGCCUUGCAGAAAAUUUAUGGACCUUCCAUGAGCCAAACUGCCGAAUUGGUUUCUUCACAACUUGAAAAGGUAAAAAACAACACUGGAAAAACAGUGGAUUUCAUUUUCAUUGUGGGUGGUUUCGGUUCGUCUGAAGUGAUUCAAAACCGUUUGAAGAGUUUGUUUAGUAGUGCAUCGACUCAAGUAGUCGUUCCAACUGAACCUGCAGAAGCUGUGGUUGACGGUGCAGCCCUAUUGGGAUUGGAUGAUUCCUUGAUUUGCACGAGAAGAAUGAGACUGACGUAUGGUGUGAAAGUAAACAUGAAAGGAAGUAAGGAAGAGAUUUUUGAUACCUUUGUUAGUUUUGGACAAGAAGUGGAAGUCGAUCAAGGAAUUGAAAGAGUCUACAAAGCACAGAGAGUGAAUCAACAAGCGAUGAAAUUGGUUUUCUAUGCCACCAAGUUGAAAUCGUUGAAAGUGGUGGACGAAACAAAGUGUCGCAAGAUUGGACAAAUUAUUGUGGACAUGAAGGACACUACCGGUGGUUUGAAUCGAGUGGUGGUUGUGAAAAUGUAUUUUGGUCGAUCGGAGACGAAAGUAGAAGCUUUGGAGAAAACUUCAGGAAAGGUGUAUUCGGCCACAAUCAAAUACGAUGGUGAAAUAUUUGUCUCUGAAGAUUCCUCUGUUCCAGAAGAGGAACAUGCAGAGUCCAUGAAUCAUAUUAUCUUUGCAAAUGAUAUUUCUGGAUCGAUGAGCUGCAGCGAUGCCACUCCUUCCAAGGAUUUCUUAAGAAGAUCUCAUAACAACCGAGUUGGUGCCUUGUAUGAAGCUUGUUAUGAGUUUAUUGCACAGAGAGAAUCUUCACAAGAUAUUUGCUCGUGUAUUCUUCAUCAUCAUGACUCUAUCCUUAUUUAUGAAAAGCAACCUAUCAGUACAUCCUUGGUGAAGGACUAUAUGAUGAAGUACAAUGCUGGCGGCGGCAACAAUUUCAAGAAUGUGUUUUUGAGGGUUGGGGAGGUUCUUGCUCACAACGAUCAUUCCAACUACAAACCAAUUGUUUUGUUCAUGACCGAUGGAGUUUGGCAUGACGAUGGAGGUCCUCAAGUUCUUGAAGGGCUUAUGCAGAAAUAUCCUGAUCUUGUCGUGCAUGUCAUUUGUCUUGGAAACGAAAUCAACAAAGAACUGAUGCAACGUUUUGCAACCAUCGGAAGGGGAACUUUUUCAGUUUCUGGUAUUAAUCUUGGAGAGUUGAAAAGUACAUACCUUAGUUUGUUGCCUUUGCUUGAAUAA